UUAAUGUUUGCGUAUUUUAUUUUUCAGAAAAAGUAUUAAUGAUUAUGUAAUAUUUGUAUCAAUCUAAUUACAAUAUGGCUAGUUCAUCAGAAACAGCAAAUACCACCAUUAAUGAAAAAAUUUCAAAAACAUCAGUAAAAGAUGAAACAUUAUUGCGAUUUGAACCAUUAUCAUCUUGUCUUGAUCCUAACUUUUGGUUCAAAGUUUGUCAAUUAAAAUUAGAAGUUGAUAAACUAGAUGAAGUCCAUAGACCAUUGAUUGGAUAUUAUACUUCAAAUAAUAAUCCAUAUAUGUCAUUUGACUGUUCAUCCUUUAACCAAGAAGUUAAUGAUGAAACAUCUUUUAAAUAUGUUGCUCGUGGCUAUUGUUUAAAUAAAAAUACAAUAGAUUCAUUUAAAAAAUGUGAUAAAAAUGAAUUAUUAAGAGAAUUUGGUGAACGGUUAUUAAAUGAUUUCUGUUCUGGUAAAGCUAUUGAAGACCCUUCCAUAAUUCCAGCUUUUGAUGUAUUAAUGUACACAGAUUUAAAACGAUAUAUUUUUUAUUAUUGGUUUGCUUUUCCAUCAUUUAACGGACCAAAGUAUUGUCUAAACGAUGUACCUACUCUUCUUAAAAAUACGUUUUCUUCUCCACAGUUUGAUUCAUUMGUUUUUGGAUUUAAAAAUCUAAAAAUUAACCAAAGAGGAUUUUUUGGAGUUGCAUCUACRAAAGAAGGAAACCUUACAGUUAUGACUCUAAAAGAGUACAUCAAUAUACUUAAAAAUAAUACAGAAAGUGAUUCAGUUGGUUAUUUAGUGUUUGCUGAUCCAUCAGAUUUGUUGAACAAUCCUGGAUGGCCAUUACGAAAUCUUCUGUAUUUAAUUUUACAUCACUGUCCCUCCAUUAGAACUUCAGUGUUGAGAGUAAUAGCAUUACGAGGUUCUCCUUCUACUAAAUUUUCAGCCAGCAUGUURUUUAAUAUAAAAGUAUCGUCUGAAGAUAUUUUUACGCAAGAUGCUAUUAAAUUUGUGGGCUGGGAAAAAAAUGCUAAAGGAAUAUUCUGUCCAAAAUAUGUAGACCUCAGUAAAACAAUGGACUCUACAAAACAAGCCAAAGAAUCUGUAGAUUUAAAUCUUAAGUUAAUGAAAUGGCGCAUUGCUCCUGAUUUAAACUUAGAUAUUGUUGCUCAAUCAAAAUGUCUAAUUAUUGGAGCUGGUACACUUGGUUGUUGUGUGGCUAGAAAUUUAAUGGCAUGGGGUGUUCGUAACAUAACAUUUGUUGAUAAUGGGAAAGUAUCAUAUUCAAAUCCAGUAAGGCAGUCAUUAUACAGGCAUUCUCAUUGCAUAAAUUCAAAUACUUACAAAGCAACAGCUGCUGCUGAUGUAUUACGUGAAAUACACCCUGAAAUUAAUAGUACUGGUGUGGUUAUGAGUAUUCCAAUGCCUGGCCACAUGGCAAACAUUGAUGAUCACAAAAAUGUAGAUUUAUUAUCAAAAUUAAUAGAAGAUCAUGAUGUUAUAUUUUUGUUAACGGAUUCACGUGAAAGUCGUUGGUUACCUACCAUGUUAUCUACAUUACACAAUAAGCUUGCCAUAACUGCAGCAUUAGGAUUUGAAUCAUAUUUAGUAAUCAGACAUGGAGUUAAAGUACCAAAUGUUUCUACUGGUGAACAAAAAUUAGGCUGUUAUUUUUGUAAUGAUGUUACAGCACCUGGAAAUGUAAGGAUUAAUCAUUAUUUUUAUAGAAAGCAUUAUACAGUGGUCGCCACUUAUUGCACUCAUGGUUAAUUGACUCAUUUGCCUAUUAGACUCAUAACACCUGGUCCCAAUUCGUAUAUAUUCUAAA